AUGGAGCCGCCAGCAUCCUCGACGCGCCUCGCUCCAGGGAGCCAUGAGGACUUUAUGAACCUCGCAAUCGAGGAGGCACGCAAGUCCCGCCCGGACCCGGGCAAGUUCCGCGUGGGCGCGGUGCUUGUAGACGAAGACACGGGCGAGGUCUUGUCACGGGGCUACUACCUCGAAUAUCCAGAAGGAUACAACGGCAGUCCCGGCACUGUCCAUGCGGAGCGCGUCUGUAUCAUCAAGGCCGCCGAGCUUUACGGCGUGUCCGAGGCCGAGCUCGGCACGGUCCUGCCGCCCAACUGCGCCAUAUACACGACCAUGGAGCCGUGCGAUGCUCGUCCGAGUGGGGACAAGCCGUGCGUCGAGCGGUUGCUGGAAGUGAAGCAGGCCGUGAGGACCGUGUAUGUGGGCAUCCGCAUGCCGGGCACGUCUGCUGAUGCGGACGAACCUGGAAAACGGAGGCUGGAGGAGUCAGGGGGGAUCAAGGUCUUGUAUCCUCUGCCCGAGUGGGAGGCCAAGCUUGUCAAGAUGGCACAGGGCGAAGAAUGA